AUAGUGGGAGGUGGGAAGGAGAAAAUAUUGUGAUCAUUUUACAAAGAAGCUUUACAAAGGCAACAAAUGCAAACAAGUAUGUCAUCAGUGCUCAAAAUUUAUCAUUCCAAGCAUCCAUAUUCAAGAAAAGGAUUGCAAAUAUCAACAAUGUGGAAGAAUUUUAAAUAAAAUUACAAGAAUUAAUCAGUGCAAGAAAAUUCAUGUGGGAAAAAUGCCAUACAGAUUUAAGAAAUGUGUUCAAGCAUUUAAGGAAUUCUCAACCCUUUAUCACACUAGUGAUAAACCCUACAGAUGUGAAGAUUGUGGUAAAGGUUUUAAUCGAAGGUCAUGCCUUAGUACACACAAGAAGAAUCAUGCUGGAGAGAAGACCUAUCAUUGUAAAGAAUGUGGAAAGGCAUUUAUUUCCACCUCAAAUCUUACUAGGCAUCAGGGGACUCAUAGUGAUGAGAGACCGUACAAAUGUAUAGAAUGUGAAAAAGAUUUUAAAUACCCCUCAGGCCUUAUUCAACACCGGAGGAUUCAUACUGGAGAGAAGCCCUACAAAUGUACAGAAUGUGGGAAAGAAUUUACACGAAAAUCAAACUUCAAUGAACACCAGAGUGUUCAUAGUGAUGAGAGACCAUAUGAAUGUAAGGAAUGUGGCAAAGGCUUUAAGUGUAGUAGAGCCCUUAUUGUACACCAGAAGAUUCAUAGGGAUGAGAGACCAUAUGAAUGUAAGGAAUGUGGCAAAGGCUUUAAGUGUAAUGCAGCCCUUGUUCGACACCAGAAUAUUCAUAGUGGAGAGAAGCUGUACAAAUGUACAGAAUGUGGGAAAGCAUUUAUUGACUUUCCAGACUUGACUCGACACUACAGGAUUCAUAUAGAUGAGAGACCAUAUGAAUGUAAGAAAUGUGGCAAAGGCUUUAAGUUUAGUGGAGGACUUAUUAGACACCAGAGGAUUCAUAGGGAAGAGACCAUACAAAUGUAAUGAAUGAGGCAAACAUUUGAAAUUCAUCUCAACUGUUACUCAACAGCAGACUAUUCAUACUGGAGGGAAGCCAUAUAUAAAUGCAAAUAAUGUGGAAAAGCAUUUAUUCAGAGUUCACAUCUUAUUCAACACCACAGGAUUCUUAAUGAUGAAUGUAAAGAGUGUUGUAAAGGCUUUAAGGACUGCCCAAGCCUUAUUAAACAUCACAAGGUUUAUAGUGAUGAGAGAUCAUAGAAAUGUUUGGACUGUAGCAAAGACUUUCAAUGCAACCCUUUCUUACUGCCAGAGAAUUCAUAUUGGAGAAAAUUCCUAUGAUUGUAAAGAAUGAGGCAACGCUCUUAAUAGGAGUUCAUUUUUGGUUUUUAACUUGACUUUGUUUCCCCUUUGAUUGACUUUUUCUGUAGUGUAGUUUCUCCCUCUGCUAACUCAUUGUUUUUCAUUUCCUCCUUGUGGAAUAUUUUUCUUAGAAUGUU